UGGCCAGCAAAGAUUACUAAGUACAACAAUAAAAAGUACAGCGUGUACUUUUACGGAACGGGAGAGACUGCAAACAUCAAAGUGGAGGAUCUUUUCCUAUAUGCGGAAAGUAAAGAAAAGUUUGCUACCGACAAAAAUCUUAAGCGUUCAAACUUUCGUGAGGCUAUUGAGCAGAUAGAGGCGGCAUUAAACGGAGAAGAUUCGGCUCCUAUCGAUUUACCGGGUGCUGCAGCGUUGGGAGACGAAACCUUAGAUGAUGGCACUGAGGCAUUCGCGGAUAUCACGGCUGAAGAUUGCCAAAUGGAUGAAAGUGCCAUAGUUGUCGGAAUAGAAGAAGGGAAAGAUGUAGCAAAUCAAAUUGAUGAACAAUUGAGGGCACAUAAAAUAAAAGAAGAUAAACAAGUGCCACUAGUAACGUCUACGACGGAUAACCCGGAAUUAGUCAGCCGCAGUGGUCGCAAAAUUAAAACAAAGCGAUACAUUGAUGAAGUACAGGAUGGACCCUCUUUAUCUCAUUCACCACCUUCGAAGAAAAAAGUACCAGCAGAAGGUAAGUGCGUGUAUAUAAUGGAAUUUAACGUGCGCGUUCGUUGGUGUGGCAUGAAGGAACACAAUGGAAAUAGAACAACGUAGUUUUCUUAACACUUACACUGGCGAU